UGGUAAAAAACAUAAAAAUUUUCAUUUCUCUUUUCAUUACGACAGUAUUUUUAAUAACUAUGUUGUUGAACAAUACAAAAAACGAGGUUAUAAUUUCACUUUACUUCCUUUUGACACUAGCUUUUUUGCUAUAAUAUGCAAUGUUGCCAAAAUGUUAAUCCGGAUUACCUAAACCAUCCGCGGUGCAUUAGUAUUUAAUCUAAAAGACGUAAUUUAGAUUAACUAAUCGCGAUUAAAUUUAAAUACGGUGCAUACGAGCAUAAGCGUGUUAGUGAACGGUGCAUAUAGGCGCAUUUAACUAAGUAAUGUGGCUCUCAAGCACCGAAAAAACAACAGAAGAAGAAAUAAAAUGUAAUUUUGUAAGGUUAUGUUAUGUUAUUUUCUUAAUAACAUAUUAAAGUUAUAAGUGUGUAUUGCAAUUAUCAAACUCUGCAAUUAUCAAAAUCAAAAGUCCCAAACAAAAUGUCGUUCAAAGGAGCAGAAUGGGACUCCGACGCAUUAGGAAAUGUAUGCAAUGAAUUAUUUGAAAAAAAGGAUCUAAUCAAGAAUCUUAAAAGCAGCAUAAAGGAGCAAAACGAACUCAAAAGAUCCAUUUCACGAUUGAGUAAAAAACAUAGAAAUUCUUUGGAAAAAAACUCAAAAUCAAAUAAUACUAAACCAAAUGAAAAAUCAAAAAUGUUGGAAAUCACCAAAAGUAAGAAGAAACGUUUAAAGAUAAUAAGAAAGAAACAAGAGCGCCAAAGUAUAAAUAUAGUUAAAACUAAAGAUUGUGAAGGUGAAAAAAAUAAUAGGAAUGAAGUUCAAGUGGAAAUAUCAGGCGAUAAAGGAGAAAAGAAGAAACAUAAUAAUAAAACAAUCUUGAAUUCCGGACCUAUGAAAAAUGAACAUUCAAAGGCAAAGAAAAAAUAUAGGAAUUUGAAAAAAAGGUUAGAAACUACAAUGCAACAUGGAACUUUUAUAAAUCAAGUAAACAUAACUGAUGAAGAAGUAUUGAUAAAAAAUGAUAGUAACAAAAAACCAAUAGUGGCACUCAGCAAAUCUUCAAAAAAAAUUUUGAAUUUUGAUCAUCAAACCAAGGCAGUAAAUAAAAAAAAAAAGUUUUUUGAAAAACUCAAACAGACACUCGCAAAACCAAUGGACAAAAAACCUCAGCUCACAUUGAGGCAGAAGAUGUUAGAUAAAUUGAAAGCUGCAAGGUUUCGUUUUCUUAAUGAACAAAUAUAUACUACGAAUAGCAAAGAAGCUCAAAAGAUAUUUCAAAGUGAUCCAGAUGCUUUCCAGGCUUAUCAUGAGGGGUAUAGAAAACAGGUUAAAAGGUGGCCCAUGAAUCCACUUGAUGUAAUCAUCAAAAGUAUUAAAACAAUGCCAAAAUCUUAUGUCAUAGCCGAUUUUGGUUGUGGAGAUGCAAAAUUGUCCAAGACAGUAAAGCAAAAAGUAUUCUCCUUUGAUCUGGUGGCAACAGACGAAACUGUAGUUGCUUGUGAUAUCUCCAGAGUUCCAUUAGAAAACAGUUCUGUAGAUAUAGUUGUGUUCUGUUUGUCACUCAUGGGAACAAAUCUGAAUGAAUAUAUAUUAGAAGCCAACAGGGUCUUGAAAACUGGAGGAACGUUGAAAAUAGCUGAAGUUGAGAGCAGAUUUGAGAACAUUGAAGAGUUCAUCAAGUGGGUACAACACUAUGGUUUCAAAAAUACUUGGAAGGAUUUAUCACAUGAUUUGUUUUAUUUUAUGGAUUUUAGAAAGGAUAACAAUGUAAAGAAUAGAAAGAAGUUACCUACUUUAAGUUUACUUCCUUGUUUAUACAAAAAACGGUAAUUAAACAUUUUUACAAAGUAAA